UAGUUUGCGGAGAAAGCUGAGUUAUUUAUUAAUAAUCUUGCGUUGUUCUUGACACUGGAAGAGUCCGUUAAAUAUAUAAUGUUAUUGUUAAUAACCUUGUAGGCAACCAUGCAUGGACAAACUUUACAUGUGUUCGGAUAGUGGGUACCGGAUUCCAUUAACUACUAAAGUAUUGAUUGCAACUUAACUCAACCCUACAAUAUGGGCGGGAAAGUAUCGAAGAAAGGUCCUGAGACCUCGGUCGCUCAGCUCCUUUCGGCCUCUCCCACGAUACCGACGACCCUAAAAGAAGUGCCUAUUCUCGGGAAUGUCUCUCCCACCACAAUUGAGGAAACGCUUGUCCCUAAGGUGUACAACCGACGUUGGAUUAUGUUGUUGCUAUUUGCGACGUUAUCGUUCAGUAACGCGUAUCAGUGGAUUCAUCUUAAUAUCAUUGGUAAUGUCAUCAUAGAAUUCUACAACGAGAGUCUUCCAACAGAUUCCUUCCAACAGGCGACAGCGAUUGACUGGUUGUCAAUGAUUUACAUGUUGUGUUACAUCCCCUUGAUAUUUCCCGCCACGUGGCUCCUAGACAAGAAAGGCCUUCGAAUAUGUUUAAUUUGCGGCGCAUUCUUGAAUGCUUUAGGCGCUUGGAUCAAGUGUGCGUGCCUUGCGUCAGGACGAUUUCCGGUGCUUAUGUUCGCGCAGACGAUAUGCGCGAUUGCGCCAAUUUUUAUAGUCGGAAUUCCCGCGCACCUUGCGGCCACGUGGUUCGGACCGGAUCAAGUCUCCACAGCAACAGCUUUUGGCGUGUUCGGAAAUCAGGUCGGUUGUGCAGCCGGUUUCCUUCUUCCACCAUUGCUAGUUCCGAACAGCGAUGACCGUGACGUCAUCGAAAAUGACCUUGGGAAGAUGUUCUACAUAUGGGCCGGGCUAACAACUGCGCUAUUUAGCUCCAUCAUCGUAGUAUUCCAAGAUAAGCCUCCCCAGCCCCCGAGCAAGGCCCAGAUGUUGGCGGCGGAAAGCGGUGAGCAGGAAAGCUACUUAGGCUCCCUUAAGAACCUCUUUCGCAGCCGGGCAUUUAUACUUCUCGCAAUCACGUAUGGUAUCAACACCGGAUGUUACUACGGUAUUGGCACACUGCUCAAUCCAAUCAUACUGCACUACUUUCCGGGCCAGGAACAGAUUGCCGGUCAGAUUGGCCUCGUUCUGGUGUUAGCUGGAGUCGUUGGAUCAGCUGUUGCUGGACUGUGGCUAGACCGGACCAAGAUGUUUAAGGGGACGACCGUGGGUAUUUACCUGCUGUCCAUGGCGGGAAUGGUGGUCUUCACAUUUACCUUGGGCCUUGACCUCAUCUGGGUGGUAUUCCUUACGGCGGGAGUUCUCGGGUUUUUCAUGACCGGUUAUCUCCCCGUGGGUUUCGAAUUCGCGGCGGAAAUCACAUAUCCGGAACCAGAGGGGACAUCUUCCGGUCUGCUGAACGCAUCCGCCCAAACUUUCGGAAUCCUUCUGACUAUUGGUAUGCGCGCGCUAGUUGAAAGAGUCAGUGUCCAGUCAGCAAACAUCACCGUGUCCGUCAUGCUCCUCGUGGGUACCAUAGUUACAGGGUUCAUUUCUGCUGACUAUAGACGUCAGGAAGCUGGUAAACGAGAAAUCAGCUACUUCGACGAUGUACUACACGAUGAAUCAACACCGAAGACAAGGACACUGACAACUUAACUGACAAGGAUGUUUGAUCCUGACCCAACAUCGAUUACUUCAUCUUCAAUUGCGCAUGCGUUUUUCGUCUACAUCAUCUAGCGCGCAUGCUUACCUCAUCUUCUUCCGCCAGUGCGGAAGAGGGAUGACAUUUAACAAAUGCUUUACCCAACGCAUGAACUUUUCGGCGCAUUUCCAUAUUUCGUUCGCUUUUUGUCGGUAAAACUGUAGU